UGGCCACUGACACACGUGCAAAAUCCAAUAUGGCGGCCAAACAGUAGUCAACAACGCUUUCAUAUUAUACCAAUUUCUGUGUGCUAUGGUGUUAACCAAGUCUUAUUUACGCUACGCUAGUCUCGCUAGCUUCGGCGUUGUCGGAUCCCUGAAAAGUAAUGUGCUAUUUGUGUCCCGUGAGGGGGCUAGAGGGGUCUUGGCCGUUGCUGCCGCUCUUGAAGAUGUUGUUAUUUGGGAUACAAGGAGACAGGAAAAGGUGUUAGUGUUAAAAGGCUCCAAAUCAGAGGUGACAGGCAUGGCUAUUAGUCCUGACAACAAGUCACUCGCUGCUGGGUACGAGGAUGGUACUAUCAAAAUCUGGGGUCUUAAACAUGGAAAUUGUCAAGUGACACUAAGCGGUCACAGGUCAGCUGUAUCCGUGCUUAAGUUUGACCACACAGAGGGUCUUCUUGCCUCAGGGAGCAGGGACACAGAUGUGAUUGUAUGGGAUGUGGUAAAUGAAUCAGGAUUAUACAGGUUACAAGGCCACAAGGGGAUGAUCACUCAGCUUGAGUUCUUCAAAGAGAAAAGUGUUUUGGUUACCAGCUCUAAGGAUAUGCUUGUGAAGAUGUGGGACCUUGAUACUCAGCACUGCUUUCUGACACUUGUUGGCCACAGCAGUGAGGUUUGGAGUUUCACACUGGCAAGAAAUGAAAGACGGCUUGUCACAGGAUGUGGUGACAGUGAGCUACGAGUGUGGGAAGUUAAACCAAGUGUGUCACCCAGUGACGACAAGUCUGCUGUGGGCGACAAACGGACUGCAACUGAUGCUGAUUUGCAAAGUGAUCAGGUUCAUGGACCUGUAUCCUGCGAAUUGCUGGGAUCACUGACCAGAAAGAGUCGCUCAAGGGUUGUGUCACUACAAACUGACCCGACAGGCCAAGUUCUGGCAUGCUUGGGAAAUGACUCCUUGCUGGAGAUUUUCAGAGUUGCAUCUGAUGAAGAGGUUGAGAAAAGUUUGCUGCGAAAAAUAAAGAAAGCAAGAAAGCGUCACAGAAAAGAGGCUUCAGGCGUGUCUGAAGAUGUUGCAAUGGUGAUUCCCCAACAAACUGUUGAUGAUGAACUACACCGUAUUCACUCCCUAAAACUCACAUCAAGAAUCAAAGCAUUUGAUAUAAGAAAAAUGGAUGAUGAAGUAAAGAUUUUAGUGUUGCUACAAAACAACACCCUAGAGGUUCACCAUGUACCGUAUGCAUCUACGGCAACGAUAGACACCACCCUACACGAGUCUGUGAGCCACCCUGGCCAUCGCUCCGACAUACGGACUCUUAGUCUCAGCUCGGAUGGGAUGUGCAUUUUGUCCGGCUCCCAUGAGUCAAUAAAGCUAUGGAACAGGGAGUCUCAGCAGUGCAUCAGGACCAUGGAGACGGGAUACGCCCUGAGCUCUUUCUUCGUACCUGGAGACAAGCAUGUUAUUGUAGGAACAAAGGCCGGCGCAAUUGAGAUCUAUAACGUUGCAUCUGGUAGUCUUCUGGAGACUGUGGACGCCCACGAGGGACCGGUCUGGUGUCUUGCACUAGCCCCUGACAAGCGUGGCUUCGUGUCGGGGAGUGGCGAUUCUUGCAUUAAAUUCUGGGAGUUUGAGCUCAUCACCGACGAAAACUAUUCAAAGUCGAGCAAGCGGUUGAGCGUUGCUCAUGUUCAGACCCUUAAACUUAAAGAAGAAGUGAUGUGCGCAAAGUACAGUGGCGACCAGCGUUUCUUGGCGGUCUCUUUACUCGAUUGUACAGUCAAAGUGUUCUUUGCAGACACCCUGAAGUUCUUCCUCUCUUUGUAUGGACACAAACUCCCAGUCAUGGCUAUGGACAUUUCGUCGGACAGCACAUUGAUUGUGACAGGCUCGGCGGAUAAAAACAUUAAGAUCUGGGGUCUUGACUUUGGGGAUUGCCAUAAGUCGAUAUUCUCCCAUGAUGACAGCAUUAUGGCUCUCCAGUUUAUCUCCAACACACAUUACUUUAUGUCAGUCAGCAAAGACAAGACCCUAAAGUACUGGGAUGCCGACCAGUUUGAGCAGAUCAUGGUAUUGCAGGGCCAUCAGAGUGAAAUUUGGUGUCUUGCAAUCAGCAGAGAUGGAGAGUUUGUGGUCACGGGUUCUCAUGAUCGCUCUCUACGGCUCUGGCAGCGCACAGACGAGCCUGUGGUGCUAGAGGAGGAGCGGGAACAGGAGAGGGAAGCGAUGUACGAGCAAGCCUUGGCACAGGGUCCAGAACAAGUGAUUCCUGGCGAAGUUGAGUCAGAAGCUGCCAAGGCCGGCAAGAAGACAAUGGAGACGGUGAAAGCGGCGGAGCAACUGAUGGAAGCCAUCCAACUGUACCGGGAAGAGACUGCUAAGAUGGCCGAGUACCGGGAGGCUUCUAAGGGGGGUAGUAAGGUCGCACCACCACCAGUGCAUCCGAUCCUCAAGGCCUAUGGCGGCAUGUCGCCAUCUCGAUAUGUGUUACAUGUCACAACGAAGAUUCGCUCAAGUGAGUUGGAGGAGGCGCUUAUGGUCCUGCCCUUUGAUUACGUCACCGAUUUCCUUCGUCUCGCAGACACGUGGAUCAAGGCCAGUCUAGACAUCGAGCUUGUUUGUCGCUGUAUGUUCUUCCUCAUGAGGAUUCACCAUAACCAGAUCGUCUCUACCGAAAAGCUCUCAUCAGUCGUAGACUCACUCCGAACAUCCACCAAGGCACAAAUUCAAGGGCUACACGACAUGAUUGGGUUCAACCUAGCCGGUCUGGAGUUCAUGAGACAGGAAAUGGAAGCGAGGAGAGUGUCCUUCUUCACGGGCGCUGAGGAUAAGCUCAGAAAUAUACGCAAGAAGCAAAAGACAGUACGACACGUAUUCACUUGACCUCUGAAGACGGGCAGUAUAAACGCAUCAAGCUUACCCGGAUAUGCACGAACCUGAAUAUCUUGACCAUACAAACAGUGGUCGUUCGACACCAGCAGUACGAGGCUGCGACAUGUAUUCAGUUAACCUGGAUAUAAAGGGCAGUAUGAACAUGCUUAGGUCACCUGGAUUUCGCAAGAACCUGAAUAUCUUGACCACAAACAGUGUGUACCCGACCGUGUAAAGCCUAAAGAUUUCGACUUGUAUUCAGUUGACCUGUAUAUAUCGUCAGUGUUUGCUUGCUUAAGUCACCUGAAACACGCAAAGACCUGAAUAUCCUGACCACAACCACUGUAAGACUAUAUGCCACAAUCUACAAAAUACAAUGAUUUCGCCUUGAAGACAAAUCAAAGCUAGCAUGAAUUGAUAGAACCCGCCGCUUAGAAAAACUUUUGAGAUCAAUCAACUUUAUUUCAUCUUCAUAAAUGUACAGAUGGGCGUAAAUAAAGAUGAGAAGCCUACUGAAAGAUGGAUAAUUCAGAGUAUAGGUCCCUUGUGAGGCAUACAUAUUGGCUUUGUUUACUAAGCCAAACGAGACGAAAGACUAGAAAGCCGGUCCCACUUCUGCAAACGUUAGUAGUAAUAAAGUUGAUUUGUAGGAGAACGGGACUAGACUAGGAGUGAUUUUCAUUUGACAUCAAAUAAAUAAGACAACACGGGA